UAUUUAAAUAAUAAUAUAUGGGAACCUUUCACAUUUCUUGUUCCUUCCGAUGUGCUUUUCUCAGUGCAUCGCGAAAUGUUUGUGUACAUAGCAACUAAAAGACCGUUAUUUCUGGUACAAACUGUUGAAAGCAGUCAUUUUUUCAACGAGAAUGUCUCUGCAGGCAUCUUCUCAGUCUGUCGGGAUGCAGAAAUGUACUGAUGAGGAAACUUUCUACAUGCACUGCAGAGCCGCCUAUCUGACUGUAUUCAGGUCUAGUCUGGCCAGUAUCACCUCCAAACAUCAGCUAUGCCGUGUUCUCCAGCAGGCAGGCAGAAAUCCAUCCCAGGCAACUCUCAACAAACACUGGACCCCAAGAACCACUAAGCUGAACUUUGAUGAUUUCUGUGAGAUAGUGAAGAGUGAGAGGCCGACAGAGGCGCACGAGUUGAUGAGAGCCUUCAGAAAGAUGGACAUUAAUGGGGAUGGCUAUAUCUCACACAGUGAACUACACAAAGUCCUCACUUCAAGAGGUGAAAAGAUGGCUGCCGAGGAGGUGGAUGCCAUUUUUUCAUUAGCUGAUACCAACAAAGAUGGCAAAUUGGACUAUGCCGAGUUCUGCAGACUGUUGGUGUCCACGGCAGAGCAGUGUCAGAUUGCAGCUCUGGAGAGACUGGAGGCUGAUGCCAAGCUGAAGAGACAGAACUUUGGCAACGAGUUAGACAGCUCUCCAAAGAGCUCUGCGUCCACCGCUGUGACUGUCCCCAAAACAGAGCCGGACACCACACUGAAGAAAGACAGCAGAUCGUCGUCCCGUCCCUCCUCAGCUCGCAGUAGACGGUCGUCACUGUCUAACGCCAUCACCAUGGCAGCCAGCAACACUAAGAACAUCAAGCUGGCAGAGCACACAUCUAUACAGGACUGGCAUCACACCUGUAUGAAGGGCAGUUUCUUCCUUGAGGAGGAUGGAGGCAUCACGUCCCUGCAAUACCAUCUCACCGUCCCCCAGACAGCCACCGUCUACCUCACCAUCAGCCCUCUCAACCUUAGCCAGAGACUUGAAAAGCCCUCGUCCUGGAUGUCGGUGGACACAGCUGUCUUUGUGGUAUCAGGAAAAGCCACUAAAGAGGACUCCACUUUGGUGUGUUUUACUGAGUCAAGAGACAAAGAGAAGUGUUGCUGGAAGGGGGAGCUGAGUGCUGGUACCUACUGCCUCCUUCCUUUCACCACGGGCUGUAGGCUGAGGAGGAGGACCAGGAAGAGUGUGUCUAAAGCUGUCACGCUGGUCAACAGGACUGACACUGGGGAGCUGGACCUCACUAGGGACUUCAGGGGGGCGCUGUCUGAUAUCUUUGAGGUGAUAGACCUGGAUGGGAACGGCCUCCUCAGUCUGGAGGAGUACAACUUCUUUGAGCUCAGGACCAGUGGAGAGAAAUGUGAUGAGGAUGCAUGGGCUGUCUGCAAAGAGAACUUUGACACCCGGAAGAACCAGCUGAGUCGCCAGGGCUUCAUGGAGCUCAACCUGAUGGAGGCCAGCGAGAGGGAGGGAGACCCCACAGACCUCUGGGUAACGCUGGAGGCCAUGGGCUACAACCGCGAUCUGGAGAUGGUGGAGGCAUGUCCGUUCCUGAUAGAUGUUUACUGUGAGGAGGGUCAGUGUACUCUGCAGCCGGUCAGUCUGGAGUCAGGCCACAGGAUCCUGAACACAGCCCUGCAGAGGUCCAUCACGGCCAGGUCAGAGGUCAAAACCCUCAGGGGUCAGGAGAACGUCCUGGUCUACACUUACAGAGGAGAACACAGGAUCUCCACUGUCAUCGCCAACAAGACCAGCCAGAAGGUGACGGUGCACGUGAACAAUGAGCAGAGUAAGAACUGCAGCAGCAGUAGAGGGAUGAGUGUGUUCGCUGUGGAGGUCCCUGCUAGAACCAAGAUGGUGUGCCAGCAUGUCCUGCCCAUCAACGAGCGCCAGGAGUGGACCUACAGCUGUGUGGAGAGCAUUAUACCAUGCCAGUGAAACAGUGAUAGACAGCAACCCUAAUAUUACCCUGGUACUUUAUAAAACGUACUAAUACAAAGGAACAGUGGGCCAAAAGCUAUUUAUAGCCAACAGGAAACUGAAUUAAUUAAUAAUACUAUAUGUAUAACAUGCAUGUAACGUGCCUUUGUGAUAGUGGUGUACUGUUUUUCCAUGGAAUUGUAUGAAAUUAUGUUGAUUUGAAAAUUCUUUACUAUAAAUGUAACUUUCAAUAGAGAUACUGUAGAUCUGUAGCUCAGUUGGUAGAGCAUGGCGCUUGCAACGCCAGGGUUGUGGGUUCGUUUCCCACGGGGGGCCAGUAU